AUGUCUAGCACAAAAUGUGAUAGUUGUAAUAUCGUAAUUAGUGAAGUAUUGGCUUUUAUACAAAAUAAGUUGGAAGUUAUGGAUCAAAUAAGUCUAGUGCAACUUUGUCUGGGGGCGUUUUCGGCGGAAGACAUCGCGGAGGCCAAAAUUCUAUUGUAUGAUUGUAUAAAAUCAGGAAAGAAAAAAUCUCAACGGAAAAGAGAUGGAAAAACACAGAAGGACCUAGAAGACAUCAUAUGUGUAUUCCGGGAACUAGAACCUAAGGAUUUUCCCAUUUUUGUUGUACAAAAUAUUAAUAAACUACCCCCAGUACACUUUGAUCACAUCGAUGUUACCAGAUUACUCAAGGAAUUGUUAGUUUUGCAAAGGGAUGUUGUCUAUAUUAAACAAAACUAUGCAUUGAGUGAAGAGCUUACUGCGUUGAAAAGCGACGUUGAAAAUAUAAAAAGCGCGUCUAUAGUAAACAACUUUGAGAUGACUAACGUGAAUGCAAUACGUCGAAGUAGAUCGAAUCUAACGGCUGAGACUUAUGACAGUGGUCCAAUAGGUUUACUCCACAUCCCAGAGUCUCAAAUAAAAAUUCUGACACAGUGUAAACCUCCUGAUGGAUUGUGUAGUGGCAUCAAUGAAUCUUCUUCUCCUGUCGAUAAACAACAGGAUAGAAUAAUGUCGCAAAGCUUGGAGAGGAUGCCCUCUCCACGAAUUGGAACGGGUGGAGACGUGUCUUCGACUGAAGUAAAACUUGCUGAGCCUGGACAAGCCCCAUCUGCAGUCCCUAGUGACUUCCCAAAUUCUAAGACCAUCAUAUCUAAUAGUACGUCACAAAAAUCUUUUUCUCAAGUGGCCAGUGUAGAAGGAAAAUGGAGAGAAAAGGAUCGUAGUGAGGAUUGGAAACUAGUUCAGAGGAAAAGAUAUAGAAAUCGGCUCGAGACGGCAAAGGGUGAAGCCACACCCAAGCCAGAAAUUAAAUUCAGAGCGGCGGAUUCAAAAAUUCCUUUAUUUAUUAACAAUGUUGAUAGGUGUACCUCAGUUGACGACAUAAUUAAUUAUAUUCAGUGCAAAACAGAUACCAUUGUAUGUAUGGAGAAGAUAAAAUUUAAACAGGAACGUGGGUAUGAUGCUUAUAAAAUCCUGGUACCUAGAAGGGAAGUCACGAGCACUCGCUCGAGCCUUUAUCUCUCCAAGGCUCUUGUGUUAGCUCAGAAUACGCAAGUAGCAGCAAAAAAUGACCCGAAGGCAUGA